AUGCAGCUGCACUUUUGUGCAACAUAUGCCCCAAAAAAACCCAAAUUCAGUGAUGUGUCCCAUUUAUUGACUCACGUUUCAUCCAAGGCUCAUCUUUCUCAUUACUUCAAAUUACAAGUCCGCAGUCAUCAAGAACCCCAGGCCGUUAUCCUCCUUGACGAGUACGACCGAUGGUACAAGGCCAACAAUCUUGCGAAGUUGCUCUCUGACCGAUUAGCCUCAAAAGAUGCUCGCAGGAAAAGGAUCCAAGGAAAGGCUGCACCUCAUGACAAGAGGUGUCCUGUAAAGGAAGAUCAUGGGUACAAAAGUCCUCCAGUGCCGGUACGCUCGCCACAUGACAACGCGCUUCCUGAUUACUUAGAUCCACGCCUUGUUACAUCAGGUGUGAAUAUGGAGCAUGAUACUAGCGACAGAGGCACGCCCGUCUCUGCGGACUGCGUCGCUGCGGUUGCUUCUCCAAAGCUUGGUAUGCAUGCAAACGCAGAGUCGAGCCAUCUAUUGCACCCUACGUCUGGUGCUCAAAUCCCCACAGAAGCCGCUGCCUACCAGUGGAAGCAAGAGCGUGUGUUCAGUCCAGACGAUGAGGGAGCCUCCGUCUUGGAAUGCACUCCUAGUUGGUCUAAAACGCUGGGACACACAGCGCAAAUGGCCUCGCAGUUACUAAAUCGGCAUCUAAGUUACGAUACCUUUGUUGACGACGCUGAGAGCGAAGUGGAUAAGGAAAGGGUGGAUGAGAUUGCCAGACUCAAAGGGGUUCUUUGGCCUGGAAUGGAUAUUUUCGACUCGGCCACCGAGCAAAUGAGGCGCAAACGCAAUCAGAAGAAGGAUGAAAGUGCUCUUAGGAUGAUGGAGAAGACGUCCAUGGGCGUCGAGCCUACAGAACUCAUAUUUUCUCCUACAGGAAUUUUACGAAAACAGCGUGUGAUCUCUGGAAAUGUAGAGGAAUGCAGUCCUCUGAAGGGGGAAACACCCAUACCAAGGCGGAGAUCAACUCGUUCGAAACGUGCUCUCUCUCAAACCGACGCUAACCUUCAACGUGGACGGGACAGGAAGCGAAAGAAGAAAGCAGUUAAACGUGUCCCGAUCACUGCUGGGCAGGAUUUUGACCAUGGAGAUUCCAAUUUCACGCGGCCCACCUCGACAGAAGUGCCAACUUAUGGUGGUAAUCAAGUAGUUCAUGGAGAGAGUGCCGAUGACUUCGCUUUGACAUUCAAUGGGCAUGAGCCUAGGGCGCGCCAUGGGCUGAAGAUCUUUUGUGACACACCAAACGAAAAUAUUCCAGACCAACAUUGUGGUGAUGGGUUGCAACACGGUCUAGUUGCACCUUCUGAUGCACUCUUCCUGCAACAAGAAGCUAUGGCCACUCGCACUCCUAACUCGGUACUUUCCAGCAAUUAUAUCUCAGAAUUUGCAGAGAGGCUUUGUCGUUUUACCACGGACAAAGAGAAUAUCGAACCGCUGUUAGAUGCUCACGGCCGAAUCGAUCCUCUUGUGGGUUGGCACUCUCCCGUCAUCAAGCGACAUCUAGCCAGUGAUACUGGUUAUCCACCACAGUUUCUUUUCGGCGAUAGCCAACGCAUCGAGCUAAACAUGUUUGAUGGGCAUGAUAGUCAUGUAGGAUAUUCUUAUAAUCCGCUAGCAGCCUCAUUUCCAAAAUUGUCAGCUGAAGAGAAUCCUAUAUACACCAUGGACACCAGCAACGGCCUCUCUUUUCAGGGUGCGACGCGCGUAACGUCCCCUGAGGCGACAAUUUCUGAUAUCGAAGAAGAUGAUUUUGAGCGACUAUAUUUGGAUGGGAGCUCCUCCUAG